AUGUCAGUACGUCCAGCAACACACGCAGGCUCAUGGUACUCUAAUAGAACCCAAGAACUUUCUCAACAACUACAUACGUACUUGACUAAAAGUUCACUCAAAGGACCCAUUCGUAACGCCCGGGUUAUCAUAUGUCCACAUGCCGGUUAUAAGUAUUGCGGGCCCACGAUGGCUUACUCAUACGCAUCAUUGGACAUAAGUAGCGAUGUCAAAAGAAUAUUCAUAUUGGGGCCCUCACACCAUAUUUAUUUUAAGAAUCAAAUACUGAUCAGUGCAUUUAGUGAACUUGAGACACCCUUGGGCAAUUUAAAGGUCGAUACUGACUUGUGUAAGGCAUUAGUAAAAAAAGAGCAUUCUGAAAAGGGCAAGAAACUGUUCAAGUUAAUGGACCAGGAUACUGAUAUGGCAGAACAUUCCUUAGAGAUGCAGUUUCCAAUGUUGGUGGAAACUUUAAAGUGGAGAGGACUUUCCUUGGAUGAAGUUAAAAUAGUUCCUAUGAUAGUUUCCCAUAAUAGUAUCGAUAUCGAUCAUUCCAUUGGUGAUGUUUUAUCUGAGUACAUCAAGAAUCCAAACAACUUAUUUAUUGUGAGCAGUGAUUUUUGUCAUUGGGGCCGUAGGUUUCAGUAUACUGGAUAUGUCGGAAGCAAAGAAGAGUUGGAUGAGGCUAUUCAAGAGGAAACAGAAGUAGAAAUGCUGACUGCCAGGAGUAAACUCUCGCAUCAUCAAGUGCCUAUUUGGCAAUCUAUUGAAAUUAUGGAUAAGUAUGCCAUGAAAACAUUAGCUGAUACUGCUAAUCCUGAAAGAUACGGUGCUUGGAAACAGUAUUUAGAGAUAACUGGAAAUACAAUAUGCGGUGAAAAACCAAUUAGUGUGAUACUGAGUGCCCUAUCCAGAAUCAAAGAUGCCAGUGCUUUAACUAUUAAAUUUCACUGGCCUCACUACUCACAGAGUUCUCAUGUAACAAGUAUUGAUGAUAGUAGUGUUAGCUAUACUUCAGGAUAUGUUAUUUUAGAAUAG